AUGCCUUCCGCCGAAGGAACGCCACAGACUUUGUACGACAAGGUCCUUCAGGCCCAUAUCGUCGAUGAGAAACUCGACGGCACUCUUCUCCUCUAUAUCGACCGACAUUUGGUCCACGAAGUUACUUCUCCGCAAGCCUUUGAGGGCCUCAAGAAUGCCGGACGACAAAAUGUCCCCACCGCGUCCCGAAAAGGCAUGAAGGAUAUUGCCACAUUUAUCAAGGAAGAUGAUUCGAGGGUACAAUGCGUCACCCUCGAGGAGAACGUCAAGGACUUUGGCCUCACCUAUUUCGGCCUCGGCGAUAAGCGGCAGGGCAUCGUCCACGUCAUUGGCCCCGAGCAGGGCUUCACCCUUCCCGGAACCACGGUUGUGUGCGGUGACAGCCACACCUCUACCCACGGUGCUUUUGGCUCUCUCGCCUUCGGUAUCGGCACCAGCGAGGUCGAGCAUGUGCUCGCCACACAAUGUUUGAUCACCAAGAGGAGUAAGAACAUGAGGGUGCAGGUUGACGGCGAACUGGCCCCGGGUGUGAGCUCCAAGGACAUCGUCCUCCACGUCAUCGGCAUCAUCGGAACCGCCGGUGGUACCGGUGCCGUUAUCGAGUUCUGCGGCUCCGUUAUCCGCAGCCUUUCGAUGGAGGCUCGCAUGUCCAUCUGCAACAUGUCCAUUGAGGGCGGUGCCCGUGCCGGCAUGGUCGCUCCCGACGAGAUCACGUUUGAAUACCUCAAGGGCCGUCCCUUGGCCCCUAAGUACGACUCGGAGGAGUGGAACCGUGCCACGACGUACUGGAAGCAGCUCCAGUCCGAUCCCGGUGCCAAGUACGACAUUGACGUCUUUAUCGAUGGCAAGGACAUCAUCCCCACCGUCACCUGGGGAACGAGCCCCGAGGACGUUGUCCCUAUCACCGGCACCGUGCCCGACCCCGAUACUUUUGAGAACGAGGCCAAGAAGGCGGCCGGCCACCGCAUGCUCAAGUACAUGGGCCUCAUCGCGGGCCAGCCCAUGGAGGAGAUUGUGGUUGACAAGGUUUUCAUCGGCUCUUGCACGAAUUCGCGUAUUGAGGACAUCCGCGCUGCCGCCCACGUUGUCGAGGGUAGGAAGAUUGCGGCCAACAUUAAGCGAGCCAUGAUUGUGCCCGGUUCUGGACUCGUCAAGUCGCAGGCCGAGGCCGAGGGUCUCGACAAGAUUUUCCUCGAGGCCGGUUUCGAGUGGAGGGAGGCCGGAUGCAGCAUGUGCUUGGGAAUGAACCCCGAUAUCCUCUCGCCCCAGGAGCGCUGCGCCAGCACGAGUAACCGCAACUUUGAGGGUCGCCAGGGUGCCGGCGGCAGGACCCAUCUCAUGUCCCCCGUCAUGGCCGCGGCUGCCGCCAUUGUGGGCAAGCUUGCCGACGUUCGCAAGUUGACGGAGUACGAGUCGAGUCCCCACACCAGGGCGGCCAUUUCGCCAACCAAGGUGGCGCACGUCGACGAGCGCAUCGAAGAGGACGACCACGAAAAGGAGGUAAUUACCGACCAGCCCGAGGACAACCAGCCCCAUACCAACACUCUCGUUGCAGUGAGUGGGUCUUUGGGCGUACCGGCGUUUACCGUCCUCCGGGGUAUCGCGGCGCCGUUGGACAAGUCCAACGUGGACACGGACGCCAUCAUUCCCAAGCAGUUCCUCAAGACGAUCAAGAGGACCGGCCUUGGCACCGCGCUCUUUACGAGCUGCGAGCCCUAUCGCAACGCCAAGAUCCUCGUCUGCACGGGACCCAACUUUGGCUGCGGAAGCUCCCGAGAGCACGCGCCGUGGGCUCUCAACGACUUUGGCAUCCGCUGCGUGAUUGCGCCUUCCUUUGCUGACAUCUUCUUCAACAACACGUUCAAGAAUGGCAUGCUUCCCAUUCCCAUUGCCCGCCAAGCGGACAUUGACGCCAUCGCCGCGGUGGCGCGCGCCGGCGAGGAGGUCGAGGAGUUUAGGAAGCACUGCCUUGUCAAUGGUCUCGACGACAUCGGCUUGACCAUGCAAAUGGAGGAUAAGAUUGCCGACUACGAGCGUCGCAUGUCCAAGGAUACUCCUUGGCUCGACGGCAGAUCGUACCUCAAGAGGGGCAAGAAUGGCCGCUUGUUGGCCAAGGCCGUCCCCGUUCCCAAGACCAACAGGGGCGAGCCUAUCAAGGAUACCUUGGAUUGGUAA